AUGAAGCUGAUACUAGCGUGUACAGCGGUGGUGCUGCUGUCGACAGCGGUGGAGCUGGCGAGGACGUCGUGGCGUCGGAAGAACUCUAUCGCCCAGGUCUUCAGAACCGCGAAUGUCACCCCCGUACCACAACAGAUGCUUGAAGUAAACUUCGAAGAGCUAGAAAUAAUUCCAGGAAUAGAAAUACCCCCCGAAGCAGCGAUCGAGCGGCCCACUAUUGAAUUUGACUUCGAACCCGACUCUUAUUACACGUUUGUGGGGAUAAAUCCCGACUUUCCUUCUAUAGAUUGUGAACUUAAUGAUAUUCUAAGUGCAUCCCUAGAAGCGUUGUAUGUCAACGUUUAUGGAAUCUCAGAUAUUAAUUUAGAGGAUGCUUGUGAAAUAGCGGCUUGGUCUGGACCGAAUCCUUUUCCUUGCAGUGGAAUAAACCGUUACUUUCUGUACGUUUAUGAACAAUGUGGGAUCCUUAAUACCACUGAUGAGGCACUCCUCAGAUAUGAAACCAUCCGUGUGGCCUUUUCGCUUGAGGAGUUCGUGGAGGCCUUCGACCUCUCCGGCCCAAUCGCCGGAACCUUCUACGAGGCACAGUAUCCUCUGCCCCCAAAUUAUUGUAUAGAUUGA